CCUGCAGGCAGCUGUGCACAGGGGAGCACCGGAAAAUGGGCAAGCCGGUGGGGUUCAAGGGCAGCUCCUUCCACCGAGUGAUCAAGGGCUUCAUGUGCCAGGGAGGCGACUUUGUGAAGGGCGACGGCACCGGCUGCACCUCAAUCUACGGCGACAAGUUCGAGGACGAAGAUCUGACGCUCAAGCACACCGGGCCGGGCCUGCUGUCCAUGGCGAACUCCGGACCGAACACGAACGGCUGCCAGUUCUUCGUCACCUGCGAUGCCUGCGACUGGCUUGACGGCAAGCACGUCGUCUUCGGCAAGGUCCUCGACGGCCUGCUCACUGUGCGGAAGAUCGAGAACGUCACUGUCGGCGCGAACAGCAAGCCGAAGCUGCCGAUUGUGAUUGCGCAGUGCGGCGAGAUGUGACGGGGCCUGUCCAGUGUGCAGUGAGCUUAGAGCUAUAGGGACAGCAUGUCCAACAUGUAAGAGAGAGCGAGGUCCAGAGCGGUUCUUUCUUCUUUGUUUACGCUCUAUUUCGAUUC